AUGGUCAACGGCGAUUGCGUGGCCAUCAGGUUGUACGAUAACCCCGACGAUUUGGAGGGUCGUCGAUGGUUGGUCAGCUGCGACGACUCCAUCGGUGUUUCAACCAGUAUCAGCACGUUAUUCUUAGACGAUCCAACAGACUGGGACACCGCGACCGAAAGCACGACAACUACGAGCGAGUCCCCGAUCACUGUGACCGUUGGUGUAUCAUCAACACAGAUUGAGAUCAGUUCAUCCGCCACAUUUCCUUCACGUACAUCGGAACCAGAGGAAACAGAGAGUCCUACCGAUGGAGGGACCAGAGGCAGUGAUGGACCCAGUGGAGGUGUCAUCGCUGGUGCUGUGGUCGGCUCAAUCGCAGGCGUAGCCCUCAUCGUCGGUGUCAUAAUCUUAGCUUUCAGGAUGGGAAGAAGAAGUCAAGGCGACAGCGAGGGCCCAGGUGGCGGAUUCAGAGACUCAUUGAGGUCUAUACCAAUGCCAACUAGGGCCUUCCAAGAACCUGAAUCGAAGCCGCCUGUUCCGGUCAUCCAGCCGCUAUGGUUACUGGAUGGCGGAUUCAAGCGCGACUCGUUUGUCUACUAUGGUUCGUGGGAAGAAGACAACUCUAUCGUGUACCGCAUCACCACCAAUACCGCCACCGUCAGCAAAUUUCUUGCCCCAUUCACGCCAAUCAAAGCAAACUAUGUUCUUCUCAAGGUUCAACUUCCAACACCAGAUGCAGCAUACAACGCACUGAAGGCAAAUGCUCCUCAGGGCAUGCUCCCACCGGACGACUUCAAGACCGCCCUAGGAAAUAAGAACUUUAUGACUGCUGAGCCUUGGGCAGGUUUCAAAGGUUCUGAAAUCAGAGAGUUUGUCAGGGCCAACGAGGCUAGGAUCCUCAUUGAGAAGAGGGAGUAUAACACCAUGAGGGUCUACACCAUUGUUUGGGCACCGAAUGGAGAAAGCUGUCGAUUGAAGGGCAUGGAUAGGUUUAUCUGGAAGGUAAUUGGCGGCGAGCUCAAUGUCGACAACUGGACAAACUUUAUGCGCCUUGCGGUCUCUGUCACGGUUGGUGGUCCAAACUGA